AUGAUAAAGGAUCUUACCAACUUUAAAAAGGCUCCAAAAGAGCGUAGGGUGAAAUCUUAUGCCACAGGUCGUCUCAGUAAAUUGGAAGACGAUUUAUCCACGUCAAAAUCCUACCACGAAGCCAUCAUUGGGGCAGGUAUGCUGGAAGAUAAUUUAAAAACAGAAGAGUUAGAGGUGGUAUAUGAACAAAUAAAUGAUAUAUACCUUGAAUAUCGUGCAGAGUUAGUAGAGGCAAUCGAGAAAUCUUCGCCAAUGAUUGCGGCUUUGUCAGAUACGGGUGCUUCGCCCCUUUCUACAGCCGCAUCAUCAUCGCAUACGGGGAUUCGACUACCUCGAAUCGAUCUGCCGAAAUUCGACGGUUCAUAUACCACCUGGCGUGCUUUUCAAGAUAGGUUCCAGGCUCUCGUCCACAAUAAUAAGAGCAUAGACGACAUUGACAAACUGCACUUUUUACAAUCAUGUCUAAUUGGUGACGCAAAUCGAUUUUUGCAAAAUUUGUCAGUGGAGGCAGCGAAUUAUGAUAAGGCUUGGGAGCUUUUGAAGGAAAGGUAUGACCAUAAGCGCAUUCUGGUCCACAUCCAAAUGCAGAAGCUUUUUGGCCAACCUUCCGUGUCGUGUGAAACUGCUGCUGGUCUUCGGGAUCUUCUCUACACAACAAGAGAAUGUUGUCUGGCGUUAGAAAACAUGGACGUUCCGGUAUCUAAGUGGGAUACGGUUCUCAUUUGGUUCCUUAACCAAAAACUUCCUGGUACGAGCCAAAAACUAUGGGAAGAGAGGUUAGGAAAUAGAAAGGACUUCCCAAAUUUCAAAGAAUUUACCGAUUUUUUGGAAACUCGUUUCCGGACUUUGGAAGUUGUUGGCCAGCAGGAAACUAGAGCGGCAGGCAGAAACAAAGAUGAGCCACUCGUCAAUCCAAGGCCUCGUUUCCAGCCAGCCAAAGCAAAGGUGUUGCAUGCUAAACAGGUCGUUAAGCAGCCGGUCAAACCAAUUGCGAAGACAGUUCCUGUUGAGCAGUUGUUAUGUAAAUUGUGCAACCAAACGAAGCACACGCUGAGAAGAUGUCAACGAUUCCUCAACAUGGACAUCAUGGGGCGAAAGGAGACAUCGUUCAAGAUUCAACAACAACAACCAACAACGUCAAAUACAUCUGCUCAGGCGAGGAACAACCGUACAAAUACUGAAUUCCAGCCGAUGACGGGACAACAACUCCAAUUAAACGGAUACACUUUAAAUUACUACACGCAUGGCGAUCGUCGACAAACACACCAGGUGCUUCUAGCGACAGCAGUUGUGAAGGCGCGAGCAGCAGAUGGGAAGCUACGCCUUCUACGUGCUCUGAUCGACACAGGCUCAGAAACGUCCUUCAACACAGAAGCUGCCGCACAACUGCUGAAGUUAGAAAAGCGACGUACCAUUGCCGAGGUGUCUGGGUUAGGGUUCGUCAGCAGCGGCAUAACGCAACACUCCGUCGAAGUACGUUUUGCGUCCCGACACUCGACGUUUGAGACAGCUGUACAAGCUUUGGUAUUCAAGUCGCUGACUGGGCAUCUCCCGACCCAACGAGUGACACCCGGCAAUUGGGACCACCUCAAAGGUCUUUCCUUGGCAGACCCCCAUCUCUGUGAACCUGCACCAAUCGAUCUUUUACUCGGAAGUGACGUUUGCGCUCAGAUUUUCCUUCCUGAGAUAAGGCGUCCAGAGGUUGGCAUCGGUCCGGUGGCACAAAAAACCGAAUUGGGAUGGAUUGUUUUUGGACAAGUCUCACCAGAUUCUCCUCGGCAAGUUCGCAGUUUUGCCCAAAUUGCUGACUUGAACUCACAACUUGAGAAAUUUAGGGAUAUUGAAGAAACGCGCGCCGUUCCAGCCACAUCAGACUGA